AUGCCUCUACAACAACUUGUUCUUCACCCCACGGUCAACAAUUCAUUAAAGUAUGCUAGCACAACAGUUGGUAGAGAUAAGAUAUAUAGAACUGUUCAAUACUUUGCUCGGUUUCUUGUUUGGUAUUUUAAACGUCAAGGUUAUACCAAAGAAACAAUUCAGAGAUUUGCUAAUUUAAAAAGUACAUUAGGUCUUUCCAGAAAACUUAUGAGACUUGGAAAACCCAUGGAACAUUUGCAAAAUGCAUCUAAAGCAUUCAAUGAAACAGAUGAAUUUGCAAAGUUUACAACAGUCGGUAGACAAUUAAGUUAUGCUGCUUAUCUUUCUUUUGACACGUUUGCUUGGGUUCAUGGUGUUGGCGUUUAUAAAUUCAAUCAAAUUCAAAAAAUAAACACUUAUGCUUAUAGAUUCUGGUUAAUUGGACUUUUGUUUUCUAUAUUAAAUGGUUUAUACAAAUUCCAUAACAACAAUCUUCGCAAAAGUUAUUUCGAACGAAUUAAUAAGUCAAAGGUUGCAGAAGGCAGUGAAAAUAUCAAACAAGAUAUCGCUGAUUUAAAAAGACAACUCGUCCAAGAUUUACUUGAUAUUACAAUUCCUGCAACUGCUCUCAAAUAUAUUGAUCUCGGUGAUGGAUUUGUCGGAAUAGCUGGUGUAAUAUCAUCUUUAUUGGGUGCUCAAUCACAGUGGAAGAAAUCCUAUUAUGACAUCCUUAGUGUUGAGACUACCGCUUCUGAAACUGAAAUAAAAAAGGCUUAUCGUAAGUUAGCAAUGAAAUAUCAUCCAGAUAAAAAUCCCGAUGAAAUAGCAGCUGAAAGGUUUAAAGAAAUCAGUCAUGCGUAUGAAACUUUGAGUGAUCCAAAAAGGAGGGAUUUAUACGAUCAAUAUGGCGAAGAUGGUUUGAAUUGA